AUGAAAUUUAAAUCUUGUUUCCUACUUUUAAUAAUAUCAACAUUCUUGUUAAUUAACAUUGUCAAUUGUGAAGAAAAUAAUGGACUAGUAACAAUAUUAAGAAAGAAUAAAGAGAAUAGUCAAAUAAUGUCGGUUGUAACCAAUCUACAUUCUGGUAUUCUGAUUAAUCCAAGAGGUCAUAGAGUCGCAUUGACACCAGAUAAAUUGGGAGAGUUGAAAUGGUUUGUAGGUGAUAUCAAGAACCGACCUACUAGAAUGCCAUCACUCACCAACAACGACUAUUUGUUUGAAUACACUGUCACCGACGAACAAGGUAAACAAACGAAAUGGGGUGAUGGUGACGAAGAAGAUUUCUUUACUCUUGUAGUCAUUGAAGAGUUUUUUGAAGAAUAUGUUAAUUUAUAA